CUUCGAGAUUCAGGUCAAUGCGCAUGGUAUCUCUGACAACCAUCCUUCCUUUUCUCAAAGCUCGCCAUACGUGCCCAUCAAGAUGGCAGCUCAGCAAUCCGUCGCCCUCAAGCACUGGGCGCGCAUCAUCAAACAAUGGCCUGUCGACAAGGUCCGCCCCGAACAUGUCGCCUUUCAAAAGGUCAUGCAACACCGUUUGAAGGAGUUGACUUCUCCCACUGCAGCCGCGGACAACGUUAAAGCGGAUGGAGCACUGGUCACACCUGCCAACCCUACGCAACCGAAUCAAGAAAACGAGAUGCGACAAAUCAAUGCUCUCUACAGCCUUCUCGAAGAUCGCUAUCUCAAAGAAUACCCCAUGCCAAGCAAGGUUCGCCAUCCUGCGAGCCGGCCUACGUACUACGAAGAUCUCGUCAAGGAGAUGGGUGAAGCACCUACUCGCACGUGGGCUGCCUCGAUGUGGAAUAGAAUUAGCGGCAUGCUGCGAUUUUCUUGAGCACUGUCUGAGAAGCUACAUAAAGUACCUACAUUCUCUGGCUAACAGCAUCUACAGCAUGCUGUGAGACGGGUACGUCAGGCAUAAAGUGUUGGAAGCGAUAUACAGACUCGAGUCAUCCGGGAGAAUUCCAUGAAUGCUUUCAUGGUAGCGAAUAGCCAUCUCUCCGGAACCGCUGAAGACGCCAUGAGGUCAAUCGCCGGUACAGCUGAGACAGAGCACGCUGCUGGGCGGUUGCGAAGGUAGCUCUUGUCACUCCGAGUUGACAAUCGACGGGCUUCCGAGUACUGCGCUGUAGCUAUUGCACAAGCCACUGUAUAAGUCACGACUUUGCAGCACAUGGGAGUAGAGCUCUUUCGAGAGCUUUAUCUCCAGCGAUCAUAGCUUUGGGGAUCGAGUCUCGCCAUGACUCCCAACGGCAGCAUGUCUUUCCAAGUUCUUGCGGACCUUUAUUGGCAGUGGAAGCUGCAGAUUCUCAUCAUUUGCACCAGGCUAUGGGUUUCGCUUCCUGAACAAGCGCGGUGGUCAGAAAUUGUCUGAGCAAGCAAACCAAGGGGAACACUCGAGGAUUGUAUAUAUAUAUAUAUUACUAUCUUUCCGACAAGGCGACCACCGAAGCAGACUACGAUGUGGAGAAUAUCUUCCAAUGACUGAUUUCAGUGCUGUAUAAUAGGACUCCUAAUGAGUUGAGACUGUCAUUUCCUC